CACGGUCGGCUUUAGUACGAAAGGAGUACGCGAGCCUUCAAGACUGCUAUUGACAUUUCGUAGGAAAGAAUUUUCCAACUCUUCACUUCAGCAAGACAGACAAGACAAGUCGCUUUUCUGACAUUUCUCGACACAGAAAGCAUCCAACACAGGAAAUAUGCCCAGCCCCAGCGAUAUCAAAUCAAACGUCAUCACUUCCGACCACGUAAGGACGAUCGUCAACAGGGCGUUCGGCGAUCGCACCGAGAUCGUCGAUUACCAGAUUCUCCCGUAUUCCAACUACGCGAUCGGUUUCUUGGGCUCUCACAAGAACCUGGAGGUCACCGUGCAGCGUGUCAAUGCCACCGAUCGGGAGAAACGCAAUUUCUUCGCGAAAGCCGUGCCACAAGAGUCAGUGCGUCAGACCACCUUCAUCAGACAGCGCAGAGUCUUCAACCAGGAAGCCGAUUUCUACAACGAGAUGAUGCCUCUGCUGCUGGACUCUUACGAGGGCGAGCCCUGGGCACCGAAGUGUUAUCUGGCCAACGAGGACUUUGUCGUGCUGGAGGACAUCAGAGGCAAGGGCUACAGGAUGUGCGAGAACAAGAUCCUCACUGCCGAUCACUUGAGAUCGGCCGCCAGAGCGCUCGCCCGUAUGCACGCCUGCUCGGUCCUGGCUGAGAAAAAACUGGGCAAGUCCUUGAAGGACGUUUGCCCAAAAGCUUGCGUCGAGCAGAUUUUCAACCAGAAUACCAAGGAUCGUGGCCUCUUCGAUCUGAUGAUAGAGCUGAUCGAGAAGAUCGCGCGAGAACACGGUCGCGAUCCGGCAAUGAUCGCCGCAGCUUUCGAAAAGGCCUACAACAAGAUCGGUAAUCCUAGAGAGAUAAACCAGGUGAUAUCGCACACGGACACUUGGCCCAACAACUUCAUGUUCAACUUGGACGAUCCGUCCAAGUGUGUUAUACUGGACUUCCAAUUGGUGAGAUACGGUAACCGUAUGUGGGACGUCGCUCAGCUAAUCUACUUCAGCACGACUCGUGAGAUCAGAGACAAGGGAGACGUUCAGCACUACGUGGUCAAGGCCUACCACGAAGAGUUCAACGAGGUGAUUAGAAGACACGAUGAUGGCCUGCAAUUGCCCAGUUUGAGCGAUACUCUGGACGAGUACGAGGAUGCCAGACUGCUUGGAUUCUUCAGUGCUUUGUUUUACUUUCCCUUCUUGUUGGUGGGUAGCGAAGAGUAUCUGCGUCUUAAGGACAAUCCCGAGGACAGUUACAACAUGUACAUACUCAGAUUGAACAACGACUCGGUGCUGAAGUAUAUGAAGAAGAACAAGGAGUACGCUCGCAGGAUCACCGAGACGGCUUUGGAGUUGACCGACUACUGCAAGAAGUUGUUUCCGAAAAAAAGCAACGGUGCCUAAGGCUAUAUUAAACUGUCUUAUUCUCGAAUAUCGCCAGUAAUCGACAUGUCUCAGUAACUGUAGGUAUACUUUAAAGGAAAAAUAUUAUGUUAUCAUUAACAUAUAGUUAUUCAAAUUUUAGAUAUAAGUAUACAGAUUGUUUUUGCAAAAAGGAAUUGUGUAUUGAAUAUUGAAUCAGAGUUUUAAAAAAUCGUCAUUUAAUAAACAGAUUGGAAAAUAUUUCAAAA